AUGGACGAGCUGCUCGUUGUGGUGCACAAUCGAGCCGAUCAUUCAAGAAGGUCGUUGUUGAUUCCAUUUAACCUCAACGACACGGUUAGAAGUUUCGAAGAAAAAAUUAGCCAGAAGGUCGGAGUUCCUCGGCAUCUACUAAGGGUACGGUCGCUUGUUGCUUUCGUCGAAAACCCAACAAACUCCGUUGAUUCCAGUGAUAGAAUAAGUACAGGUGCUACACCGGUUCGUAGUACUCCGGAGAUCGGAUCCUUUUACGUUUGGUGUAAACAGUGUGGUGACAUACAGAGGGGUAAAUUACGGGCCUAUUGUGAUAAAUGUUCCUCUUCAGCGGUGCUUUUGAGUAAUGAGCCAUCCUGUUGGAGAGAUGUCACUAAGAGCCACCAAAUCGAAGCCAACUGUGCGGAUUGUAAUUCAUCAUCGUAUGCUUUAUUCCAAUUCAAAUGCGUCUCUUGUAACCAGAUAGGAGCAGUCCUAUCGCAAGUACGUGGUAACUGGGAGCAAGCUGAUUGUAGAAUAUGUCUAGAUGUACAUAACAACUAUUUGUUCGACCUUGGAUGUCAUCAUUUAGUUUGUCGUCAGUGUUUUGAGGAAUGUCUAUUUGUUGCUUUGAAAGAAUCUCGAUUCGUUUUCCGACCAACGAUCGGCUUCACCAUCACAUGUCCUUAUCCUGGUUGUGAAAGAUGUGUGGCCGACGCACAUCAUUUUCGCGUAUUGGGUGAAGAGAAGUAUCAAACGUAUCAAAGAAUGGCUACAGAAAAGUUGAUCACAUUAGAUAACCAAGGUAGAAUUGCGUGUUUUGUCCGUACCCUGAUUGUAAUUCAUCGUUUUUCUGGGAAUCUGAAAACGAUGAUGGAAGGACGUCUUGCCCAGACUGCCUACGACUGUUCUGCCGGUACUGCUCAAUUAUGCAAGUCUAUUGACUGCAUUUGUGGCACUGACGAUCCUUCAACGACAACAAUACAAGCAACUACCAGAACUAGCGUCUCACUAGUACAGAGAGAUGUACUUACCCUAUUACGUACCUACUUAAGGAAGUGUCCAGGAUGCGGUGCAAAUACUGAGCGUUACGAAGGUUGUACGCACAUGCAUUGCAUAGUGUGUAAAAUGGACUGGUGUUUUAUCUGUGUUGCACAAUGGACAGAAGAGUGCCAGUGGAACCACUGGUUCGCAUGA